AUGUCGUUCUUGUACAAAGUCGACGUGCCAUGCGCGGUGUCUUCCCUGGCCUUCUCGGAGGACGGCGCCCUUUUCGUGGGCGGAGAGGAUGGCACCGUGCGACUGUACUCACAAUCCUCCACAAAGGUCGCGCGAGCGAUCACAUCACUCGGAGAGGAGAUCUCUUCAAUAUGUUGUUCCCGAUCGAAAGGUCGUCAGCCAGGACAGUGGUACUUUGCAAGCGGAACGCGAAUAGUCCGCUUCGACCAGACACCGGAAAAGAUGAUUCUCACACCGAAAGACGCAACCGGCGCAUUUUCUAUAGGAGAAGAUGACGAGGAUGUCCUCAAUCAGAUCAACCUGAGCUAUGACGGAAAUUAUCUGGCAUUCAGCACAGACAAUGGUGCAGCAGGAGUCGUUGAGCUGUCCACUGGCCAAGUUAGCAGAAUGAACACGCACCAUACAAGCAUAUGCGGCUCGAUCAACUUUAUACCCGACCGACCAAGCGAGCUGGUCAGCGGAGGAUAUGAUUGCAAGCUACUCCACCAUGACUUCCAGCAGCGCACGUUACUCUCGGACCUGGACGUUGCCUCCGCUUCUGGUGCUUCUGAUGAGCCUGGCCUACAGCUGUCUCCACCAUUUGUCUUGUCUACAGCGAUAACAUCGACUGGUAUGUUCGCGGCGGGCACAGCGAACGGAAUGCUUUUCAUUGGCACUGGCGGUGAGAAGUGUCCCGAUGGUCACGUCAAGAAAAAGCGAAGACGAAAAUGGGAGGGUUUGGUAGACACUGAGGGGACAUGGAUUAAGGUCGCAGAGGGGCCUGUUGUGGCAACUGCUUUCUUCGACCCACAUCAAGUAGUGACAUGCACUCUGCUGGGCGAGGUCAAACACAUCUUUAUUGAGCAUCAGGAUGCCCAAAAUGAAAGCAGUCCAACGGUCAGCUGCAGUGUGAGAUGGACAAGCCGCACAGAAAACAUCACCAAAAUAAAUGCUUUGAUCAUUACUGGAGACAAAAUGGCGGUUGGAGGGCUGACGCGGGACGGUAAAGGUGUUGUCGAAUUGUGGGACAUGGGUGCGGAAGCGAUAGCUCGUAGAAUAGCAACAGAACAUACAUCGUAA